AUGGCUGGUGCCGCAGUUUCUGGAGAGUUUUCCACUUUGUUGGAAGCUGUGUGCGAAUUUCACGGUGCCUGGUUUCCGGACGAAGCACAGCCAAAUUUAGUGCAAGGCUUUUGGUUUGGAGCAAAGCGUCCUCGCGAUCGCAAGCUUUUCAAGCAACUGUGCGAGAGAUUCUCUGGGCCUCUGCAUGCUGCUCAGCGGAUUCAUGAAACCGAGUCUGGGCCUUUUCUGAAAAGGCUGGACUUGGCAUCGCAAUUUCUAUUAGCAAUAUUUCUAGACCAGCAAUCUCGCAACCAACGUGCAACGCUGGACAGAUGCAACGGCCAGAAAAGUGAGGAAGCAAGCAAGGUCGAGGAUCAGAUUGCCCACUGCUCUACUAUUGCGCGUGAACUUGCCGACAACAUCCUACAAGUUCAAAGGACGAGUGCCGACCUUAUGGAGGCAAUCGGUGCUACAGAAGCGCAAGUUUGCUUUUUCACGCUUGUCCUGAGACAUACCCAAGAUCUGGAUGAUGUGCGAACUGCGCAGCAUCUCCUCGACGAGAUGAGUUCGUCCCACCUGGACGUCGUAGAUGCAUUUCGGCUGCGCAACGCCGAAGUUCUGGUGAAGCUGGAGUCUGAAGCCUAUGUUCGUGAGGCUUUGGAAAGUCACACCCCUUGGAAAGCAUCUUGUGAUGGCUCGAGGCCAUCUGGUGAAUUUGCUACAGUUUGUUUGGCCAGUGCAUGUUUGGACAGCGGUGGCUUGGUGUCUCCAAAUUGUCUUGCCUGGGCCAGUCGCUCGGACUGUUGGGAUGAACUCGCUUCUCACCCGCUGUGUCAAGAGCUGCUUUGUGAAUUGAAGAGGCGCUCGUUAAUGACACCGGAGAGCCAUGUAUUGCUCUCGUAUUCCGGUGGUGUGGACAGCACCGCUCACCUCCUAUUGUUGCUCGCCUUGAAGCGGCGUUUCCAUAUGCCUCACAUUUCGUGUCUGAUGCUUUCCUAUCCAAACAGACAGGCAGAGGAAGUCGAAGCAGAGCAGCUGUGGGCCGCGUGGGUGUGCCACCAUCUUGAAGUUGAACUUUUCAUAUACGAGGUGCGUUUGGCACGUCCCCACGCUGAUGUUCAUGGUACGUGUGGCCUUUCCCGGGAGGAUUAUGAACGCUCGACCAAAGAGAUUCGAUAUAAGAUGUACCGCGCUCUUCUAUCAGACUCAGAAAAAUCAGUGGUAGUACUCGGACACCAUCAAGAUGAUUUGGACGAGAAUCGUCUCGACCAUCUGAUGAAGGGUCACGUGCUCGGAGAUGUGGAGGGCAUGUGGGCUUGGCGUCAAAUCCAUGGUGUGCAGCUGUGCAGACCUCUGAUUCACAAACGAAAGAGUGACUUUCUGGGCUUGCUGCAAGCAUUUCCUACCCCUUUCUUUCGGGACUCGACUCCGCUUUGGUCCGUUCGAGGUGCUACACGGGCAGCCUUGGAUUCACUUCAGCCCGAUGUUCGCGACUUUCUUGUCCUCAGGCUACAGAGCUUUGCUGAAGUCAGUCUUGAGGUGGGGAACCUGCUUGACCAGGCAGUGGAUGCGUGGGCGGAGGGCCACGUUCAGGUCUUGCAGCUGCCACGGAGGGCAUGUGGCCUUGCACUGGAUUUGGAUGCGCUGUUCAGUUUGGAAGUGGGCAACCGGCUGGCAGAUGUGGAGUCCCUCCUUUCCGAAAUCAAGCAGCUUUGGAACCCAUUGGUGCCGCAAAGCGGCACGGAAUCUGGUGAAGACCAGACCGAGGGGCCGAAGGUGUCGUCAUCAAUAUCGACCAUACCAAACAACCCUUUCGAUGUUCCUGCGCUUCUCUUUGAACGAGGUUUUUUUGCAGCAGCACGGGAUCUGGUGUCGAAGCGGCUUGGUCACUUUCACAGCUCGGAGAUUAGUUCUAUCAAUCGCAAGGCUGUGCACCACCUCUUCGCCAACAUUCGGAAUUGCACGAAGCCACACUUUAGCGGGGGCCUCUCGCAAGAGCUGGGCUACCUGCACGUUGCUGGACCACGACAAGUUCUGGUCUUGUACGACGUCUCCGCGCAUCCUGAAGUGGAUUUCAAGUUUGUCGCCAUACGACUGUUUACUCGUCAUGUGCAAGCAUUGCUGCGGUCGAAGCAGGCUCGCACUGACCUUCAGAGGAGGAGGUCCGAGGACUGCGCCACGAGGCUGCAGGCUCAUGCCCGAGCCAAGUUGGCGCGGACCAGGUACCACAAUAUCCUGCGCAAGGUGAUCAAGAUUCAAGCUGUGCGAAGAGGGGUGCUCGGCCGCCGAUAUGCCAAAGAGCACAGACGGCAUGUCAGCGCGGCCAGGCUACAGAGUUUGGUCCGCACUCGAAGGGAGCGGACAAUCUACGAUGCCUUGAGGCAGUCGAUCGUCUUUGCCCAGCAGCGUCUCCGCAUGCGCAACGCGAAAGGGCAGCUCAAGAAGUUAAAGCAAGAAGCAAAAGAGGUUGGAGCCAUGAUGGCCAAGGCACAAAAGGCACAAGAACAGGCUUCUGAAAUGCGAAAGCACAACGAGGAAAUGGAGGCUCACCAACUGCAGCUACAGUCAGAAAACAAGACGCUGUCGAAUAAAGUCAAGCACCUCGAGGAGAUGUUGCAGCAGAUGCAGCAGCAAUUCGAGGAAAUGAAGGUGCAGGCGGCUGAAGCUGCCAAGUUGGCUGCGGAUCAAUCCAAGACGGUAGUUGAGGCGGAGAAGAUGGAGGGUCUCAACAGCCAGUUGAGCCAGCGCGAUGAGGAGCUGGCCGGGCUUCGAAAAGAACUCCAGGAGAUGAAGGAGACCCACGCCAAGCAACAGGAGUCUCUCAAGUCAGCGGAGGCCAAUUACCAGCAGCUUCUCCGAAGCACUGCUAUGCAGUCCGUUGGUGCAAGUGCCGGUGCACCAGCACCUGUUGCACGCAGUGCAGCGCGGGGGAACCGAAAUGUUUUCAUCCAAUUGGUCGGCGCCUCGGCCACAGGCAAGACAACGAUGCUGGGGUCGCUGAUACAGGAAAACGAUCCCGGGCAGAUGUCGAACUUCGAGGAGCAGAGGAACAACCUCAUGGUGCAUCAUCAGUUCCAGAUUGGCGGCCGCACACUGAAGUUCCUGGAUUGCUCCGGCAACGACCGUGCCGCACACUUGGUGAAGGAAUGGUUUGCUCGCACACAGUGGGUCUUCGUGGUCUACAACUUGACCGACACCAGGUCCUACGAAAAAGCUUUGACAUUGGUUACGGAAGCCCGACAAGCUGGGGCCAGUGUCGUGCUGUUCGCCAACAAGUUCGAUGUCAAUCAGGGCAAGCCAGUCGAGGUGAACUUGCAAGAAGCUCACGACAAGGGCACUCAGCUUGGUGCCUAUGUCGGGGAAGGCAUUUCGUUGUCGGACUGGGCUAGGUUUGCUGCCAGCCAGGACGAGACGCAAGCGCCAGCAGAAGAUGCGGCUCCUGAUGGAGCAACUUCUGACGAUGCGCAAAAGCGCAGCUCGAUCUCAGCAGCUAUUGACUCCGUGAAGUCCUGGUUCGGUACGGCGCCAGAGAAGGGUGGCAAGGCCGCCGGAGUUCUGCGAGCAUCCUUGAAGGGGACUAAGGCGAUGAAACAGGCUAAGCGAGAUGUCGACCCCAACGCAGAUCUUAAGCCUGUUCAAGAGUUGCAGGACUCGGAGUCCGCCGUCACCUGCGUAUGUUUUGGCCAAGAAAGGCUUCACAGGGCGUACAUACUCUUCGUCACAGCAUCCAAAGAUGGUACAGUCGUGGUGUACCGAUGCUACAGGACUGAAAUGGAGAUUGCAAUGCUGGCGGCGGAAGAUUUCCGAGGAGACAACGCAGCGCCUCCUCCUGAUCAUUCCAACAUCGCGGUACAUUCUCGGCUUGUCGGCCAUUCCCGUGCAAUUACUUCGGUCUUCUUCAAUCUGCUGGAGGACCAGCUGGUCACAACAUCGAUUGACAAGUCGGUCCGUUUCUGGAACGUGGACACCGGGGAGAUGUUGAAGGUUUUCACAGACUCUUCUCCAGUGCCAGUGGCUGCUUUCCUGCCUUUCAAUCCGCAGGUUUUUGUUGCAGCCAACUCGAACGCCGUCUUGCGGCUCGUGAACGUGCAGAACGGCAUGGUCCUUCAGAAGCUCAAGGUCGAAACCGAAGUGCGCACUUUGAAGUUCGACGAUACGGGCCUAUUCCUUCUGGCCGGCACGAAAAGUGGUUCCAUCCACGUCUUGGAGGCAACAGAUGCGAGCACGUUGAAGUUUAAGUUCAAGGUGCAGUUGGCACGGGGAGGUGUAACGUGCUUGGUCUUCGUACCUGCAGCCCAUGGGCAGCCGCCUUGCUUGUUGGUCAACACAUCUGACUCAUCAGCGUCCAUCAUUGAUUGCACGUACGGGCCUCCCCCUGGGGUGCUCACGAACUUAGCUGUGAGGCACCGUGUUCGUGUGGCUCAUGCGCUGCUUCCAUUGAAGUGCUGUUAUUCACCGUCCAGCCAGGGAUAUCUCAUUUCUGCGUCUGAGGACAAGGAGGUCUACAUCUACUCCCUGGCAAAGGGUGCGAACUACAAGAUGAGUUACCUGAAGCACCACCAGGUGCCUGUUGUGGCGGUGGCAACAAACCACCAGGACACACUGUUGGCAAGUGCCGACUCACUUGGUCGGGUUGUGCUGUGGAGAAGGAUGGACUUCUCGCACUUGCCCGAUUGA